UCAUUCUCAUAAACCCUUCUCUUCCUGCACCACUAUUCACAGAUACUCCCACUCUCUCCACUCCAAUGGCGUCCAUUUCGCUCAAAUCCUUCACCGGACUCCGCCAGUCCACCGGAGAACAAACCCAUUUCGUUACCCAAACAGCGCGCAUCUCGCGCCCACUUCCCCGGCGUCUCACAGUCAUCGCCGGGAAGAAUAGCCCCAAGUUGACUAACCGGAAUCUCCGUGUGGCGGUAAUCGGAGGUGGACCGGCGGGAGGAGCGGCGGCUGAGACGCUUGCCAAGGGAGGAGUGGAGACGGUUCUAAUCGAGCGGAAACUCGACAACUGUAAACCCUGCGGCGGUGCGAUCCCGCUCUGCAUGGUGGGGGAAUUCGACCUGCCGCUGGAUAUAAUCGACCGGCGAGUGACUAAGAUGAAAAUGAUAUCACCUUCGAAUAUUGCGGUAGACAUCGGACAGACCUUGAAGCCCCACGAGUAUAUCGGAAUGGUGAGGAGGGAAGUGCUGGAUUCCUAUCUUAGGGAUCGAGCAGCUCAAAGCGGUGCCAAGGUCAUCAAUGGCCUGUUUUUGCAGAUGGAUAUGCCGAGAAGCUGGGACGAGCCGUAUGUCCUGCAUUUCACCGAGUACGACGGGAAGAAAGGUAGCGUGGGCGAGAAGCAGACUCUUGAGGUGGAUGCGGUUAUUGGAGCCGAUGGAGCUAAUUCCAGAGUGGCUAAAUCUAUCAAUGCCGGUGAUUAUGAUUAUGCCAUUGCCUUUCAGGAAAGGAUCCGAAUCCCUGAUGAUAAGAUGGUGUACUACGAGAAUCUUGCAGAGAUGUAUGUUGGGGAUGAUGUUUCCCCUGAUUUUUAUGGAUGGGUUUUCCCCAAAUGUGAUCAUGUAGCCGUAGGAACUGGAACAGUCACUCACAAGGGGGACAUCAAGAAGUUCCAAUCAGCAACAAGAAACCGAGCAAAAGACAAGAUUCUUGGUGGCAAGAUCAUUCGGGUUGAAGCACACCCAAUUCCAGAACACCCUCGUCCACGAAGGUUAUCAGGGAGAGUGGCAUUGGUUGGAGAUGCAGCUGGUUAUGUCACAAAAUGCUCAGGGGAAGGUAUCUAUUUUGCAGCGAAGAGUGGGAGGAUGUGUGCAGAGGCAAUAGUGGAAGGUUCGGAGAAUGGGAAGAAGAUGAUCAAUGAAAAUGAUUUGAGAAAGUACUUGGAGAAAUGGGACAAGACUUACUGGCCAACUUACAAGGUGUUGGAUGUGUUGCAGAAGGUGUUUUAUAGAUCGAAUCCAGCAAGGGAAGCAUUCGUGGAGAUGUGCGCAGAUGAGUACGUGCAGAAAAUGACAUUUGAUAGUUAUUUGUACAAGAGAGUGGUACCUGGGAAUCCAUUGGAGGAUUUGAAGUUGGCUGUGAAUACAAUUGGGAGCUUGGUGAGAGCUAAUGCACUUCGGAAGGAGAUGGAGAAGCUUAGCAUAUGAGUGAAAUUAGUGAAAGCUUUGAAUAUACUAAAUUUGCAAGAUUUUAUAUUAUAUUAUGAGUACAGUAAGCUAAAAACCAAUUGUGAUGUUGGAAUCUGUUUGUAUUUUCUGUCAAUCUAGCUACUGAUUCAGUUCUUUAUUCUCCA